AUGGAUCGUGCAGUGCCAGAGCACUUCAACUUAACCGUGACCAUGUUGUCACUAGUUGGACUUUCGCCUUAUCAAAAGACAAACAUACGUCGACUUCAAAAUAGCGUGAUCUGUGUUCUGCUCGUAUUUGGUAUAAUCAUACAGUUGACGCCUAUACUCGCCAUGGACUGUACAACGUCAAUGCUUAUAAAGAACAUGUCAAGCGUAACAUUAACAUUGUGCGUGUUCUUCAAGUACAUUGUACAUUGUUAUCGGCCGGAAGCAUUGAAGGGACUUAUAACAGAAGUGAAUUACGACUGGAUCGAGUGGAAGGAUGACGAGGAACUUAGAAUCAUGAGAGAAUGUGCCUAUACGGCAAAACACCACGUAACAGUUAUCUCAUCAACAGUGUUCUCGUCGAUGUUAAUUUCAUUGACGUCGCAAUUCUCGUCCAAAAUAUUUGACAUUUUCUUGUCACGGAACGAAUCCCAACCCCGUGAACCUAUAAUACAAUUGGAAUAUUUCGUAGAUUGGCAGAAACAUGCACUUCUAAUCCUGAUCUUUCAAACGUUAAUUGUAUUUUGUGGAGGUAUUACGGUUAUAGGCACUGAAACAUUGACCAUCUUGUUGAUGCAACACAUUUCUAGCUUAUUUGACAUCGCCAGUCAUCGCAUUAAAAAAGCUGUUCUGCAGUGUAUCACUCAGUCGCGCAUUUCACAGAAACAUUUGGAUAGAAGCGGCAAAGAGAGUCUAAUUAACGCUGUGAUUAUGCACAGGAGAGCAAUCAAGUUCGUAUUUUGCAUAGCAUUCAAAAUUAACUUCACCCACCUCGGUGCUAUUUCUGUGUCUCAAAACGGAGUAAAAAUGCCAGAAAUAACACCAGAUUUAUCACAAUCGUUAACCUUAAUGAACGAACCUAGAAUGAUAUUAUUGUAUCUGGUACUUGUUUCCGCUGAAUUGAUAUACAUGUUGUACUCGAAUUAUGUGGUUCAAAAAUUGCUAGAUAGCGCUGAUGCUAUUUUCCAUAACCUGUGUAGCACCGAAUGGUACGAUACGCCAUUACCUACACAAAAAUUGUUAUUGUUCAUAAUGUUAAAAACUGCGAGAGCACACACUUUCGAUUUGUUCUUCAUGUACAAUCCAUCUAUCGAAUCUUUUUCAGUGAUGACCGACUUAUUGAAAUAUGCAAUAACUUCGAUAGUCGAAGUCAUCUUCAUGUUUUAUAUGAAUUAUGUAGCACAACUAGUGCUGGACGCUCAGGACAAUAUUUUCAUGGAACUGUACAAUGUAAAAUGGCACGAGGCACCGUUACAAGUACAAAAAUUAAUACUAAUCAUGAUGAUAAAAUACUCAUCGCCUAUUCCCUUCAAUAUGUUUGGCACCUUUUCUCCAUCCAUACCAGGAUUUUUUUCGUGCUUGACCAUCAUCGAGAAAUUCACUUUGAGAUCUCUGUCAACCAUUCUUAUGAGUCUGGGAGCAUUUUUGAGAUAUAACAUAAAUUGGUAUCUUCUUCCAAGGAUCAAGGAAUUCAUUGAUGAAAUAAAAUCCGACUGGCAAAUGCAACGAGAUGAGACUCAUGAAAUCAUUAAGAAAGGUGCUGCAAUGGGAAGAGUUUACGUAUUUCGUAUAACAUCAGCUUUCUACUUGUCACUAAUCAUGCUAAUGCUAAUCGAUCUAUCACCGUGCAUUCUAAAUAAAGUAAUCUUGUCGAAUGAAACUCGCAUGAACAUGUUCGCUUUAACAAAAGAAUACAUGGUUUAUGAAGAAAGUCAUCUAACGUUUACAAUUCUACAUGUGUACAUAUCGUUAUGGAUACUUAUGACUGCUUUUGCUGGACCAGAAUCAUUAACUAUCAUGUGUACAUACCACGUUCUAAGCUUAUGCGAAAUCACAAGUUAUUAUAUUCGCGAGUCCACGCUCAAAGGUUCAAAGGAUUCUUUCGACUAUAAUAUUAAACGGUAUACAAUGCAAGCCAUAUUUUCGCACAGAAAAGCAAUACGAUUUUUCCACGUGGUGCACGCAAGAAACGUAUUGGUAUAUAGUAUUCUUAUCGUCCUCGCUGUCAUGUCCUUAAGUAUAAAUGUGUUUCAGCUGUGGCACUCUAUGUUUCUGCAAUCACAAAUUUUAGAUUCCCUUGUCUUCUUGCUGAUUACUACAUGCGAAUUCCUGUACCUGUAUUAUAUGCACAUGAUGGGGCAACGUAUGACUGACAGUUUCAGCGAUUUCGACACAGCGAUGUUUCACAGUAACUGGUACGAAACUCCCGUUCGUGUUCAAAAGCUUUUCCUGAACAUUAUGGUAAAUAGUUCCAAACCACUAAUGUUCUCGUUUUUCGGUUUUUAUUGCGCGUCGAUGGAAGGAUUUUCCUCGCUAAUACAACUGUCGAUAUCUUAUUUUAUAGCGAUUACGUCAGUACAAUAA